AUGGCGACAACCCCGCCUCCCCGUACCAUUAGGACUCCACCUGCUCCGCGCGAACAUGCUUCAUCACCUGCAAAAACCCCACGGAAGAAAGCUGUCCCUGACCCCAGCGCUGUCGCUCGUACUUUGUUCAAGAGCAACUCCCAAUCCAAAGCCAUUGAAACCCCAAUUCCAAAAAGGCAAAGGGCCAAAAAGCUCAAAGGAUUUUCUCUAGAUAGUUUUAACGCGGAUCUGGAGAACGAGGGAAAUGACGAAAUUACGAUCUUUACCGACUCGAGGGAUCGAAUCCCUGAAGUUCACGAUACCGCGGACAACCCUUUCAUUAGCCGACCUAAUGAUAACUCCCAUGACGUUAAUAUAAGCGUUGAAAUGCAGCGUGACGAGAAAGUUCAAGAAGCCCUUCAUAGAGAUGAUGGGAUGCUCUACGUUUUCCGUGGAAAGAAAAUCUUCCGAAAAUUCAAUUCCGACAGUGAAGAAGAUGACGAGACAGAUCAUGGUCUGUUGGCAUCUCGACCAGAUCUUCUAGAAGAGACGAGAAUCCCAGAUGUCCAGCCCCUGACUCGCGCUUCCAUCAAACCACGUCUACUAUUCCCAAAGGCACCGCAUCGAGGGAACCCGCGUGGUUCGAGAUUCGGCGGUACCGAAAAAACCCCAGACCCCGAAAAAACAUGUGAAGCGGAUACACCUGACAAAAGGAUAUCCAAUCCCGAUCCUCCCCAUAUUAGCAAUAAGCAUAUUCCUACGACACCGCCUUCUAAAAUAGCUAUAUCAACCCCAUCAACUCCUAUUACUGGUGGCCGCUCUCUUCGUUCGCACGCCAAAGAAGCCCAGGAUGGUUUAGAAAGCCCUUCUAAAUCUAAUAACGGGACUGCAGUUCGCAUGAGCCCGUUCGACAGAUGGACUAGGACGAAAUCCCAAGCGUCGCCGGCGACACUGAGAAAGAGAGUGGGCACUGUCUCGAGUGACACCAUCGAACCAGUUAUGAAGAAAGCUCGCAACAAAUGA